UGACCAAUCGACGUGUUCGAUAACCGAAUGUGUUUUUGACACGAGAAGCGUUCGAAAAAACGAUGCCGAAUAUACUUCACUAGUGAUCGCAUGAAAGUCGAACGCGCAUUCGUCGACGAUUGUAAGAAAGAAUAUAUCGGAUAGGUUGUGAACUAGGAUUAAACGUUAGAAUGGCAGCUGCAUGGGUGUAAUCGCAGACAGCUGCAGUGUCGUCGUAUCGCUUCGCAUUACAUUGUACGGAGGUGCCCGAAGGGAGUACGAAUAAAAAGCGAGCUGUUACACUAUGUCUCACAUAGGACUGGUACAAUUAAUAGAGCGGAUUAUGCUGAAUCGUCGGCCGCGGGAUUUUGUCAUGUAGCCUCCCGCGGACGAAAUAACCACACGCUUGUUUAUACACCAUCGAUGUACCGGAGGAUAUCGAAAGCGUUUGUUGCAAAAGCUCCGGAGUUGGGUCGCAUGAAGUCGAUACCACCGCCGUUACAACAGCAACAACCUUUGUCGUCGCUGUCACCACCGUUGUCGUCUAUUUCCUCAUCUUCGUCGGCGUCGUCGUCGUCGUCGUCGUCGUCGCCGUCGUCGUCGUCGUCGCCGUCGUCGUCGUCGUCGUCGCCGUCGCCGUCGUCGUCGUCGUCGUCGUCGUCGUCGUCGUCGCCGUCGUCGUCGUCGUCGUCGUCGCCGUCGUCGUCGUCGUCGUCGUCGUCGUCGUCGCCGUCGUCGUCGUCGUCGUCGCCGACAUUCUCAUCGUUUUUCCAAAGUGCUUUUUAUCGUAUUUUGAUGCCACAAUCCUGAUCAUGCAGUAGUCCUUGUAUUUUUUGAAACAACGAUUCAAAAUUUUUCUACAAUCUCUAUCUCGUUCCAGAUAUGGAGUGGAUAAGUGCCAGGAGAUUGCACCAAGUCUGAAAGACGCCAUUGGUAUUGAAAAACUAUUGUAUUUGUGUUAUCAAACUGUUUGCCUUGGUACUUAACCUAGGAGAAAAACAUGUCACAGUUAAAUAUAAGUACAGGAAAAAAAGGGAGGGGUGUUGCCAGUACCUCAGCUUCAUCUGUAUCGGCGUUAAGCAGUUCGACUGAUUUAGCAAGCCUAUUUGAAUGCCCUGUUUGUUUUGACUAUGUGCUACCACCCAUCUUGCAGUGUCAAAGUGGACACCUCGUUUGUAGUAACUGUCGACCAAAACUUACCUGUUGCCCUACUUGUAGAGGCCCAUUAGGUAAUAUUCGCAAUCUGGCUAUGGAAAAGGUAGCUAGUAAUGUAAUGUUUCCUUGCAAAUACUCUAUUAGUGGGUGCACAGUGUCUUUGGUGCAUACCGAAAAGCCAGAUCACGAGGAUGCGUGUGAAUUCCGUCCAUAUAGUUGUCCUUGCCCAGGUGCAUCGUGUAAGUGGCAGGGAUCUCUUGAACAAGUGAUGCCACAUCUUGUUACGAGUCAUAAAAGCAUUACUACUCUUCAAGGAGAAGACAUAGUUUUUCUGGCAACUGAUAUUAAUCUUCCCGGAGCUGUGGAUUGGGUAAUGAUGCAAUCUUGUUAUGGUCAUCAUUUCAUGUUGGUACUUGAGAAGCAAGAAAAAUAUGACGGGCAUCAACAAUUUUUUGCGAUCGUUCAAUUGAUUGGUUCGAGAAAGCAAGCAGAAAAUUUUGCUUACAGGCUAGAACUAAAUGGACAUAAGAGACGCCUUACGUGGGAAGCUAUGCCACGUUCUAUACAUGAAGGUGUCUCGUCUGCUAUUUUAAAUUCAGAUUGCCUUGUAUUUGACACAUCUGUUGCUAAUUUUUUUGCGGAUAAUGGAAAUCUAGGAAUUAAUGUUACAAUUUCUAUGGCAUGAGGAAAGCCAGAAAAAACAGUUUAAAACCAUUCAGACAUAUCGUGCAGUCUUUAAAUUACACUCCUAAACUGACACGAAAGAUUGCCUGGUAUGCAUACAUAAUUUCUUUCAUGUUACCACAGAUGAAUAUUAGCAAUAUAGAUGUUAGAAAAUAUUGAAAAUGGAUUGACAAAGUGCUACAUUCACACACUUGUUUACAGAAUAUCCGUUUACAUAGAAGCUUUAAAGUAUACUUGUAUGUGAUAUUAAUAAUACAUGUGAAUAUAAGAUAAACAACUAUUUGGUUGAAGCAGCUAAAAAAAGCCAAUUUAUAGAAAGUACCUGACAUUCAUUACACGAUGCUUUCUCUUAGUCAUUUCUUAUCAAAUUUUUAUUUAUAUAAUAUUCCCUAGUGAAUUUUAUAUUAAUUUAAAUGUUAAGAGCACUUCACGAAUAUCAUCAUUUAAUACGAUUUACCUAACAAACUUGUCUAUAUCUUUAUAUCUAAUCCACUUAAACAUAUUUAUCACGCCCCCCCCCCCCCCUCUCUCUCUCUCUCUCUCUCUCUCUCUCUCUCUCUCUGCAUACAUCACGUACUGCUAACGAAAAGUGACGUUAAAUUCUUCCGAGAUAAUCGUUUGUUAGAACUUUAACAGAUUUAUUUUUCGCCUUUUGUAUUAUAUUCAACCUUCAAUCAAUUUUCUUUCCAAAAUUUUCAACUUUUUAUAAACGUUAUCUUGUAUUACUUGAGACAAUUGUAUACAUAUAUUUAGAUUUUAGUGUAUAAAAACAUGCAAAAGUUCAGUCUCACAGGUAUCAUUUUAUACGCUGUAAGUUAAUUAUAAAAUUGUAAAUUAUACAAUAUUUUCGAACAUGUGUAUAUUGUCCAUGAUAUCAAGCAAGAUAAAUUCACAGGGAAUGAAUAUCUUAUUAAAUGUAUUAUUUGCAGUUUAAAAGAGGAAAAUGUAAAGUUUUGACAAUUUCAUAUAAUCAAAUCAUUUUAUAUGCAGACAUUUUUCCUGAAUGUUGUCAUGCUUGACAAAAAACUCUGUGGUCAUGAAGUGAACCUAGUACUGCAUACAAAAACACGUGUUAUACCACACGUAUAUGUAUAUAUAUGUACAAGUGUGUAGAUAUAUAUAUAUAUGUAUGUUUUAUAUUAUUAAUUAUCGGGAGUCAUAUAUAGUGUCGCGAUUGAUAAAUUUUUGAUUUCUAUGCAUCGUAUGAUUCACACCCUUACGGUAAUGAUAAGAAGGAAAACAUUAUAGCAUGUACCAAUUGAACGACAAUAUAAACAUUGUUUGUUUCUUGGUACAUAAUUAAACUAAAUAAAUUAAAGAAUAAUGUGAAAUCAUAGUCAAAGUAUAAGAAUAAGUUUGGAAAAAUCGAUAAACAUUUUUCAUCGGAAUAGAUUUUGUAAUUAGACAUCGUAAUAAUAUUUAUUCUUUUUCAUUUUCUUUAUUAUUAUAUUAUAUUGUAGUGUGAUGAUAACUUUUUUUUUUUGUCCUUUUUUAAUUAUAUAUAAAAUUUAUGGGAAUCACAUAAAUCUCAAUUUGAUAUAUAUAUAUAUAUAUAUAUUAGUGUGAUCAAAUUAAUGAUUUGUUUGAAUUAAACAUCACAUUAUAGAUAAUUAGUUUUAAUCAGUUUGCAAGAAUGGAUAUUAUGAUAAAUUGAGAUUUCAAACGAUAGGAAUCUUUUUGUUUAUAGAGAUAAUCCAGACUGAAAUAUGACUACAAUGUAAAUAUUAGGAUAAGUAAAAUAUAAUCAACAAUUAUAUAUUUCUUUAUUGUAAUUUUGGUUUGCAUCUUAAGUGGGUUCGAUAAAAUAUUUCCUAAUUUUGAAAUUCUUUUAGAUCUGUUUGAUUAAACGUAUGAAAAAAAAAAAAAAAUUCUUAUUAGAAUAACAAUUAUUAUUCAUUGAAAUUAAUUAUACAUAAUUUCAUACUCUGUAAUAUAAGACGAUUAAGCAGGAGAAAUGUUCCCAUUGCUCUAUCUGAUUGUGUGUGUGUGUGUGUGUGCGUGUGCGUGCGUGCGUGCGUGUGUGCGUAAUUGUUAUAUAUACAUAUAUAUAUAUAUAUAACAAUUAUAAAUAUUUAAAUUGUAGGUAAAGAAAAAAUGUUACUGUAAAUAAAGUAAAACUUCUUAUGUGAUACAAUAAUUAAUAAUGUAAAUUAUGCUGGUACACAUAUCGACAGUUGAAAAACAAUGCCUCUCACGUUCAGCUUUUAUUGAUUAAAAAUUGAUUUCAAUCCAAAGAAGGCUCGAAAAUUCUACGGAUUGAAAGGAAUGAGUUAAUGAAAGAAAAAUUGUAUAUACGAGGUAAUAUUUUUUAACGGUUGAUAUCUACGAUAUUGCAAAAAACGGGAACCAACUGCACAUUAUGUACACAUACGAGAUUACGUGCAUAUAUGCUUAUAUGGUUAUAUUUACAUUUAUACAUGUACGCAUUAGAUAAGCAGUUAAUUUUAAUAGAGAUAAAGAGAAAAUACACUUUUGGCGGUUAUUCCCAAAAUUGAUAUUGAACUUUCAUGUUAAUUGUUGCUCUGCCAUUGUACAUACAAGGAAAUACUUAUUUUACCUGUAAUAUUUCAAACAAUCGAAAGUAAAAGUUCCGUAACAUAGGAUUGAUAUAAAACGUCUGUCAAUGAAUUAUUGAUCAUUUUGGUAAUAGCACAAAUUGAUAUAAAUAUCAUGUAAAAUUAUUAAUUACACAAUAUUAUUGAUAAAUAUAAGCGUGACGAACGUAAUUCCCUUUCGGUAUGGAUUAAUAAACAUGACGCAUGUACAGAAACAUAACUCGCGUUAAACAAAAAUAUAUUAUUAAGGGAUAUGUAUAUAAAUUAUUAAAAUACGCUUUAGGGCUAAUAAAAUAGCGUUUAAAUUCUUACUAUAUAAUAAUUUAUUUUUUA